CACACACACACACACACAUGUGAUUCUAAGCUCUUGGUUCUGUAUGUACUCGUUUCCCUUUACGAGAGGAGGAGAGUGUGAGAGGGGUGGGCUUCAGCGACUGUAUUAUUUAUAACGACCGAAUCACACUGAAUUAGCGUAACUUCAUGGCCAAGGUAAAUGCGGUAGACUUCCUGAACUUUUGACCAGUCGCCUCCAUCAGUAUUUCACUUGGCACCCGGCGUCACCGCAGCGGUUGAAGAGCACAAGUGUUCGGCUGCUGAAUGUAGGCCAAAGGGCAUGAACAAAAGCGCAAUAACUGAUGACAUGGAAAUGCAGCAUGAUCCAGAUUUGCAGUUUAAACUGGCUUAUCCAGAUUCAGAAAUAAUCGACACGGGCAUUAAAACCCGAGCGAGAGGCCAGUGGUCCAGUAAAGUGGAGUUUAUCUUAGCUGUUGCUGGCCAGAUCAUUGGUUUGGGAAAUGUGUGGAGAUUUCCAUAUCUGUGUUACAAGAACGGUGGAGGAGUGUUUUUCAUUCCAUAUGUGGUCUUUCUGUUUGCCUGUGGCAUUCCUCUUUUUCUUAUGGAGACUGCUUUGGGUCAGUACACCAGCCAAGGGUCUGUUACCUGUUGGAGGAAAAUCUGCCCACUAUUUGAAGGUCUGGGUUAUGGGAGUCAGGUGGUUGUCUUCUAUUCCAGUGCCUACUACAUCGUCAUUUUGGCCUGGGCUUUCUUCUAUCUCUUCUCUUCUUUUAGUGGUGAACUGCCAUGGGCUAGCUGCAGGAACUGGUGGAAUUCAGAAAACUGUGUUGAGUUUGACCGAAUAGGAGGGAUAAGAAACCUGAGCUUUAUGGAGAAUGCAUCAUCACCUGUUAAAGAAUUUUGGGAGAGGCGAGUAUUGAAUAUAACUGGAAGUGUGAAUGAGCUGGGCAGUUUGAGAUGGGAGCUGGCUCUGUGUCUCCUGCUGGCCUGGAUCAUUUGCUACUUCUGUGUGUGGAAGGGAGUGAAGUCCACAGGCAAGGUUGUGUAUUUCACUGCUACAUUUCCAUAUGUUAUGCUGCUGGUGCUUCUGAUUCGAGGUCUUACGUUGCCUGGAGCCAUUGAUGGCAUCACCUUCUACCUCUACCCAAAUCCAGCACGCCUUACAGACCCACAGGUAUGGAUGGAUGCUGGAACACAAAUAUUUUACUCUUACGCUCUCUGCAUUGGGUGCCUUACAGCAUUGGGAAGCUACAAUAAAUACAACAACAACUGCUACAAAGAUUGUGUUUACCUGUGCCUGCUGAACAGCGGAACCAGUUUUGUAGCUGGCUUUGCCAUCUUUUCAGUUUUGGGCUUCAUGGCCUUCGAACAGGGGGUCGAUAUCUCAAUGGUAGCAGAGUCAGGUCCUGGCUUGGCCUUCAUUGCGUAUCCACGAGCUGUAGCUAUGAUGCCUCUGUCUCAGCUGUGGUCCAUAUGUUUCUUCCUCAUGAUUAUUCUGCUGGGGCUUGACAGUGAGUUUGUGGGUUUAGAGUCUCUCAUGACAGCCAUAACAGACAUGCACUCCAACUUCUUCCUCCAAGGACAUCGUCGUAAACUCUUCCUCCUCCUCAUUUGUGUGGGCUGCUUCCUCGUUGGCCUCCUGAUGGUAACCGAGGGUGGCCUGUAUAUCUUCCAAUUAUUUGAUUACUAUUCCUGCAGUGGAAUGACCCUCCUCCUAUUUGCCAUUGCACAGUCAAUAUGUAUUGGCUGGUUUUAUGGUGCUGAUCGUCUGUAUGAAAAUAUUGUAGACAUGAUCGGUUAUCGUCCUUUGACACUAAUGAAAUACAGUUGGAAAUAUAUCACUCCUAUUGUGUGUAUAGGCACAUUUGUCUUCUCUUUGGUCAAAUUCACUCCUCUGAAGUUUAACAACACAUUUGAAUACCCAUGGUGGGGUUAUGCUGUUGGCUGGUGGUUUACCCUCUCCUCGACAUUGAUGGUUCCCAUAUGGAUGAUCUAUGUCAUCAUUAUCACUCCUGGUACACUGAAACAGAGACUGCGUAUCCUUUGCACUCCAGCAAGCGAUCUACCUUUGACAUCGGAAAGACGAAAAGAAACCCUGUGACCCCAACAGACAGUACAACAUGUCCCAUGACUGAUAGAGAAACAUUGGGGGACAAAAAACAUCCUUGGGCUGUAUUUUGGACAACUUUUGAUAUCAUUAAUGCCUUUGAAGGUACACAUUCUCGUGAGAUCUCAAGAAAGCACAAACACAAACUGUACAUGACUGUUUUAUAAGUUAUUGAAUUUUCCUAACUUAUAUUCUCAAUUGCAAGCAACUAAAUGUGGAUUUAAACUGGAAAUUAAAAAUAUAAGCUCAACUUCCAUGUUCAGCUGUAUCUGAGGAAAACUCAGUUUGACGUCAUCAACGUCUAGCAUCGUUGGCUAGCAUCAACAGCUUGCUGUAUCAUAACCAUUCACAAGAUAUCAGUUCUUCUGAAGAAGAUAGCAAAAAAACAGUUUUUUU